UAAUAAUAUAAAACAGUAGAACCUGUGGUGAUCACCCACACACGACAGUGGACAGUUUUAGUUUUCUAUGAAUAAAAAAAAACAGUUUUCGAACCUGCUAUUUUAUUAAAUUCAUAAUCAAACAGCCUCGAAAUGCUUUCUAAACGCAUAGUUAUAUCAAUUAUAGUGAUUGGUUGUUUGGUUCAAUUUAUAACUACCAAUAAUGAUGGUACAAAGCGUAACCGAGCACAAUCUGAUUCACAACAAGGCCCACAUCAAUCCGGAAAACCCGUAAAACCCGAAGGCCCCUCUGGAUCAAAGCCGAACCUUCGAAAAAUGGAAGAAGAAAAGAAGAAACAAAAUUUAGCCGCCGCCGCCGCCGCCGCGAAAAAAGCUGAAGAUGAUAAAAAAAAAAUACCUACCGAAACCAAACCAGACAACCCUGUUAAUUCAGACGAAGAUGAAGAUCCCGUGAAAGAAAAACCCGUUGGUCAUUUCAGAAAAAUGUUCAGUGUUUUUAAACGAUUAAACAAAUUCAGAAAAAAAAUAUGUCCAUUUAGAUUUGUUGGCCGUCUUUUAAAAAAAAAUAAGAUGGGUUCAAACAAAUUGAAACCAACGGAUGACGAGGAAUCAGAUCCCUGAUAAAAAAAAUAAUAGAUACCUACAUAAAAAACAGGCGUGUAAAAUUUUUACUUGCUACACCAGCUAAUGUACCUAUUAAGAUUAUAAUAAAAUCAUAAUGAUUAAUA